AGCAACUUUGGCUUUUUUCGCGCAUACCCCCCUUCCUUCUCCCCCUCCUUCUCCUAGACUCCUAUUAAAACGCGCAUACCCAAACGCAUAACCUAAACGCACAUCCUAAAAACAUAUCCUUCUACACAAAAAAAAUCGCCAUUUCAUCUCUACUUGAACGUUAGGACCCAAUGAAACUGAAUCUUGGCCUUGCAGGCGCGCUCUUGAUAGUCGCCACACAGGCAGCGACGACGGACACCAAGUCCGCAAAUAUGCUCAAGAUCUCGAUCACGACAAUCCAGGGAGGACGACGACCGUCGACGGUGGGACGAUGGGUGCAUACGUUACGGAAAUACGGUGUUUCAAGGUCCAUGGCAGGAGGGGUCAAGAGCAUCCAACGCGGUGGUGUCGCAGAGGGGGAGCGCACGAGUCUUGCGCGGGUGCCCUUGAUCGACUAUGAUUUCGAUCGCGAGUACUAUGGUACGGUAAUGGUGGGCGAACCACCUCAGUCGUUCAAGAUCGACUUUGAUACAGGCUCCUCAAAGUUCAUCCUCUCCUCCAAGAGCUGUCAGCAAUGCUCCGGCACAACCCGCUACGACCCCUCCACCUCCAACACCUUCCUCCUCAACAGCGACUACGAGAACAAAGUCAACGCGUACAACGGCUCUCCUCUCACUAAUUCUUCUUCUUCCAAUACCCCCCCACUCUUCUCCCCACCACCCGUGCCCUCGACCUCGAACGCCUGGCACAUCACCUACGGCGACUUUUCCCACGCGGAAGGAUACCUCGGUCGGGACCACGUCCGGAUCGAGAACCUCGUUGUUCAGGACCAACAGCUCGCGCUCAUCACCUCCGAGAGCGCGAAUUUCGAUGACGUGAUCGACGGCAUCAUGGGCCUCGCCUUCGGCUCCCUCUCCGCCCCGUCUUCUUCGUCGUCCUGGGCACCGAAACCGCGGACGGUGUUUGAGAACAUGAUGGACCAGGGACUAGUUGAGCGUGGGAUGUUUAGUUUUUUCCUCGGCAAGAACCGACGUGAUGGGUUAGCGAGUCUGGACGGCACACGUGCCAAUGGCGGGGGGGAAGUGAUCUUUGGAGGGAUGGAUAUGGGCUAUGUGAAGGAAGGGCAUGAGAUCGUGUGGACGAAUGUUACAAAGCCAAAAUAUUGGCAGAUUAAUGUUGAGAAUAUUUGGGAAAAGAAAGAUGAAGAAGCAAAGUCGGAUAUUCCGGGGAUUAUGGAUACGGGCACGACGCUGUUGAUCAUGCCUGAGAGAUUGGCGGCGGGGAUCCAUGCCAUGAUCCCGAGGGCGGUCCAGGUCUACGGACAGUCAUGGGCCUUGCCCUGUGAGCUCGCGAAGGAGACCAAGAAGCUUGAGCUUGGGAUUGAAGGGCAUCGGUUCGCGAUUCCGUUCUCGGAUCUCGUGCGUGAGGAGCCAGCCAACUUGUGCUUCUCAGGGAUUCAGCCCAGCAGCGCCGGGUUUAUGAUCAUUGGGGAUUUGUUUAUUAAAAACAAUUACGUGGUGUUUGAUCAGGAGAACAAGCGUGUGGGUAUUGCACCGUUGAGGUUUGAGUCUGAUACAACGGCGGCAGAGGUAAAUGCGAUGGAGAAGAAGAGGCGGGGUACGGAAAUGAGGACAGGAUGGGAGAUAGCAGAGGAGACAGAGGAAGCGAUGGGGUUAUAA